CCACCUUUAUUGUGGAAACGGGAGCAAGGGGACGGCUCCUACAAGAAAAAUGUGAGAAUUAUACAGGAAAUAAUCAUUAAUCACUUCUUCUUCUUAAACCCUCUUCUUUUCUAUUGUCAUCUCGCAGCCUCCAACAGGCCCCUUCUGUCAGGCGAUGCAAGUGGCAAAAGAACCGCUGAGGAACAGAAGAAAAAAAGAAAGAAAACGUCUUAGACGACAACCCCCUCCUCCAACACACACUUAAGACUGAAAAAAGAGAACCUUUUCCCAACCACUCAUUCCCAGACUAUUUUUACACCCUUCGAGAGUAUGAGAAAGGAAAACAGUUUUCCUCUACAUUUGAAAGUUGACAAAGAUAGGAAAGCUUGAAGAUGGCCAAGAGUUUUCUGGACAAGGUGCUUUGUGAGGUCAAAUUGCAAGGGGCCGUUGGAGAGACACUGUCACGUGACCCCUGGUGCCAAAUGGUCUUCCAGCAGUGGUUCUCAACAAGGGCCGGAGCUAAAGAAGACUUUUCCACAUUUCCCAGACAUGCAGAAGACAACUUACUACGACAAUUCAACACUUUUUGGUGGAUAUGCGUCCUAUCAGGUGCAGGGAGCAGCAACUGCCCCUGUCAACGGCUUUGGGGGCUAUGAAGUCCCGGGGUCUCAUCAUCAGCCAACCUUCCAGUCAGCGACCCAACUGGAUGUCGACUCUUACCACCGAUCUGCCUGCUCUUUGCAGUCAUUGGGUGGUAGCAGUGGGCACCAGCCGGAGCAACAGCUAGCCAAAAACAAGGAGCCAAAUGGCAGCUGCAUGAGGCCCACCCUGCCUCCCGAUUGCCACAUUGGCUCUCAAGUGUCCCCGCCAUUGGCUCCCGAUCCAAGCAAUGGUAAUACUGUAGUUCCGCAGCCAGGGGGCAAUGCCGGAGCCUCCUCAACCCCCAAAUCAGGCCACAAUAGGUCAUCAAAUUCCUCCUCCUCUACAUCAUCCUCCUCUUCCUCCACCUCCUCUUCCCUGCCCUCCAAUCCAACUUUGGCCAAGCAGAUCUUUCCCUGGAUGAAAGAGUCUCGCCAGGCAACCAAGCAGAAAAACUCUUCACCUAGCAACAACUCGAGCAACGCAGCAUCAGGUGGAGGUGAGAGUGGUAGCGGUGGGGAGAAGAGUCCUACUGGUGGGUCAUCAGCAUCCUCAAAGCGAGCGCGUACAGCCUACACCAGCGGACAACUCGUUGAACUGGAGAAGGAGUUCCACUUCAAUCGUUACCUGUGCCGUCCACGACGUGUAGAGAUGGCCAAUCUGCUCAACCUGUCUGAGCGCCAGAUCAAGAUCUGGUUCCAGAACCGAAGGAUGAAGUACAAAAAGGACCAGAAGUCCAAGGGAUUAAGUUCCAGUUCAGGAGGGCCAUCCCCGACCAGUUCACCGCCUCUGCCCAUGCAAUCCUCCGCCACUUAUCUCAACUCAAUGCACCAAAUGGUUGUGGGAGGUGGGGCAGGAGUGUCAUCGUAUGAUGCCCCGUCUCCUCCAUCAUUUGGGAAAUCCCACCAAGGAGUCUCCUAUUCCAUGUCCACUACCUACUCUACUCUCCCUAUGAAGGGCUGUCCCCCACAACAGAAGUAUAGUCAUCAAGAUCAAGACUACAGUGAGCCACAUCCUCACCACGGCCUUGUACAGGCCAACAGUACCAGCUUUGGAACUCCCACUAACAUGCAGGCUAGUCCAGUAUAUGUGGGGAGUGGCAGCUAUGUCCAGGAACCACUAACUGGUUCUGGGCCCUCCAUGUAUGGCCUAAAUCACCUUGGCCCUACACAUUCCCAUCACCAAACCAUGGAAUAUACUGGCGCAGGCCCCAUGUCAGCCACUAACCAGCACCAUGUGAGUGGAACUGUACCUCCUGGCACCUGUGACCCACCUACUCAUGCAACAUAUACAGAGCUCUCAGUGCACCAUACUCCGACUCAGGGCAGAAUCCAAGAUGCACCCAAGCUCACUCACCUGUAGCACUGGGAAGAAAAAGAAGGAAGACCACACAGAGCAAGUAAUGUGACUCAUUAAACAGGCCUAACUAACACUAAGGGAUUCACCUGUAGAAAAAGGGACGGCAUUAGAUAUAGAAAAGAGACAGAGAGAAGCAGUUCAGUCGUUUAUGUUUUACUGCCUUCUUGGAGAGGAAUCAAUUUUUUGGCCGUACAGUUUACCCAUUGCUAUCUGCAAAAUGUCAAUGUACAUUACACUGAGAAAAGAAUAUAGUUUCUGCCUCAUAAUUAGGAGAGCUGUGUAAAUCAAUUUUAACGUCUUUCUGUGGAGUUUACAUGUUUUAAUAGUGUGCUCAUGAAUUUUCUCUGAGUUCUCUGGCCUCCUCCCAUAUUCAAAUAACAAACUUGGUUGGUUAAUUGAAUAAUAAUUAAUAAUUGAAAGUAUGAAUUUUCGUUCUAUGUUCCUGCAAAUGAUUGCUGACAAAUCUUAGGUGUUAGCUAGGCCUUUGCCCAAACUCAGAUAGGAUUAAGCUCAACUUACUCAUGAUCCCAAAGAUAAUGAGUUAUCCAUGAAAUGGGUGAAUACAGAAAUUAAGAACAAAUAAGUAUAGUAUGUGUUGUAUUGGCCAACUUGUGAGACGUUUGGCUUAAUUAUAUAGCUUAGAAAACUUAUUAUGAAAGCUUUCAAAUGACAAAAGUCAGUUUUAAAGUAAACCAAUCUCCAUCCAUUUAAGAAAAUUAUUGUGAAAAAAGUGUAUAAUAUAUAGUUAUUCUUUUUAAUAACUGAGACUGAGAUCCCAUUCAAAUACAGUAGACCGUCAUGAUUCGAGCACACCACGACAAAGCUUGAAAUGUUCUCGUAACAUGAAUAGAUUUUCUCCAUAAAACAUAAAUGAAUUUCCACUUAAUGCUUGCGACACUUUGCACGACCCCACAUAUUACGCCUAAGUACCAAUUCAAGGCAUCAUUUUAAGGCUAACUGAUUUGAAAAAAUAAACUGAACGUAUAAAAAACAAUGUUACUAAAAUGCAAGCACUUACCACCCACCAAAGUCUUCUAGCAAUGUAUUGAAAGUGCGAGCCAGCUGAACACGAUGAAAGAGAGAAAAAGCAGCCAUACAUACAGUGGUUUUGGAGAAGGCGUUCGACCGUGUCCCCCGGGGAGUUCUGUGGGAGGUGCUCCGGGAGUAUGGGGUAUCGGAAUCCCUGAUAUGGGGGUCUGGUCCUUGUAUGACCGGUGUCAGAGUUUGAUCCGUUGGUUGUUAGUCGGAUCCGUUUCUAGUGAGGGUUGGACUCCGCCAAGGCUGCCCUAUGUCACAGGUUCUGUUCAUAACCUUUAUGGACAGAAUAUCUAGGCACAGCCCUUUUAUGGACAGAAUAUCUAGGCACAGCCGAGGCAUUGAGAGGAUCUGGUUUGGUGGCCUCAAUAUUACAUCUCUGCUUUUUGCAGAUGAUGUAGUGUUUUUGGCUUCAUCGAGCCGUGACCUUCUACUAACUGGAAUGGUUCGCUGUCAAAUGUGAAGCGGUCUGGAUGAGAAUCCGCACCUCCAAAUCGAGAUCAUGGUCCUCAGUUGGGAAAAAGAAUACCCUCUCCAGGUCAGGGAUGGGGUACUUUCCCAAGUGGAGGAGUUCAAGUAUCUCGGGGUCUUGUUCACGAGUGACAGAAAAAUGGAACGGGAGAUCGACAGGUGGAUCGGUGCCGCAUCUGCAGUGACACAGACUCUCCACCGAUCCGUCGUGGUGAAGAGGGAACUGAGCCAAAAGGCGAAGCUCUCUGUUUACCGGUCAAUCUACGUUCCUUCCCUCACCUAUGGUCACGAGCUGUGGGUCCUGACCAAAAGAACAAGAUCCUAGAUACAAGAGGCCGAAAUGAGUUUCCUCCAUAGGGUGUCCGGGCUCUCCCUUAGAAAUAAGGUGAGAAGCUCGGUCAUCCAGGAGGGGCUCGGAGUGGAGCCGUUGCUCCUCCGCAUCGAGAGGAGCCAGAUGAGAUGCCUUGGGCAUCUGAACUCAGCCUUCCUAGUGAGGUGUU